CUAGUAGCUGGCAGGAGGGGGACACCCCAUCCCUGCUCUGGGGUUGGGAUGUGUCACAACAGGCAGCAUCCCUGCAAGGAGGCAGCACUGUCUAACUGCCUGUCUCUUUCUCUCCUCCAGUCUGUUGUAAGGAGUUUGAAGAGCUCGGGACAUACUUGCCAGCUUCCUGCUGCUCCCCUGUCAUCUCCCUCUCAGCUUAACUGAAAUCUGCAAAAAUUCCUUGCUGCAAGAAAACGGGGGUGAUGUCAACAGAAGAUGAUGCUGGCGGGGAGGCUCCUGGGGGCAGUUUCUGGGAGGCUGGGAACUACAGGCGGACAGUGAAGCGUGUGGAUGAUGGCUACCGGCUCUGCAAUGACUUGAUCUCCUGCUUCCAGGAGCGAGCCAAGAUAGAGAAGAACUACGCCCAGCAGCUAACAGAGUGGUCCCGUAAGUGGAGGACCAAUGUGGAGAAAGGUCCACAGUAUGGUACUCUGGAGAAGGCCUGGCAUGCUUUCCUGACAGCUGCAGACAGACUUAGUGAAAUCCACUUAGAUGUCCGGAACCACCUGGCUGGCGAAGAUUCGGAUAAGAUCAAGGCCUGGCAGAAGGAGGCCUACCACAAGCAGAUGAUUGGGGGCUUCAAGGAGACAAAGGAGGCAGAGGAUGGGUUCCGCAAGGCCCAGAAGCCCUGGGUGAAGAAGAUGAAAGAUGUAGAGACCUCUAAGAAAAACUACCACGCAGCCCGGAAGGAGGAGAAAACAGCCCAUACAAGGGAGAACCAUGCCAAGGCAGACUCCUCGGUCUCACAGGAACAGCUGCGCAAGUUGCAGGAGCGUGUAGAGAAGUGCACUCAGGAGGCUGAGAAGUGCAAGGAUCAAUACGAGAAGAUGUUAGAAGAGCUGAACCGCUACAAUCCCCGCUACAUGGAGGACAUGGAGCAAGUGUUUGAGGGCUGUCAAGAAGCAGAGCGCAAGCGAUUGUGCUUCUUUAAGGAGAUGUUCCUGAACCUGCACCAGCAUCUCAACCUCUCCACCAGUGAAAGCUUUCAAGCAUUGUAUCGAGAUCUCUACCAAGUCAUCAUGGCUGCGGACAACCAGGAAGACCUGAAGUGGUGGCGCAACACUCAUGGGCCAGGCAUGGCAAUGAAUUGGCCUCAGUUUGAGGAAUGGUCCCUGGAAACACAGCGGCCGAUCACCAAGAAGGAGAAGAGCGGUAAGAUGGCUGACGAUGUCACACUGACCAGCAUUUUGCCUGCACGGGAUGGUGUUCUCUCACAGACCCCUCUGCAGACAAGGCGAGGGUCUUCCUAUCAAGAGGAGCAGAACAGCUUCUAUGACAGCCUGAGGGCACCCACAUUUGUGAAUGGGGGAAAGGAAGACAUUUCGGAGUGGUCAGAUGAGGACACUCCAAAGAAGUGCCUGGAUGCCAACGGGCAUGAGGAGGACUUAAAGGUACCAGGUGUACGGGUACGAGCACUGUAUGAUUACACAGGACAGGAGGCUGAUGAGCUGAGCUUUAAAGCAGGUGAAGAAUUGAUGAAGAUUAGUGAGGAAGAUGAGCAGGGCUGGUGCAAGGGUCGACUUCUCAGUGGCCAGGUUGGACUCUAUCCUGCCAACUAUGUUGAGAAGGUUGGAUCAUGAUUGCUACUGCCCUGUUACUGUCUCACAGCCAUGCCAGCAUCUCUUGCAGAGGUCACUGGGUCACUGCUGGCUCCACUCCACCUUUGCAGUAUAUCCACCACCACCUGGACUCUGAGGGCAUGUAUUCCAUGUAACUAAUGCUUCAUUUUAAAUGCCUAGACCUGUAGGGAUUUUCUAAUAAAUAAACAAGGAUGAGUAAGACUUUUCUGACUGUGAGCACUAUAGGAAUGUAAAAGUGCAGAAGGGAACAGAUCCUCCUGACUUGCACUUGGUGAAGGGAGAUGCAUGACAUGUCCAACUCCUCACAACAAAGACUUCCUGGGCUUCAACACAUGUGCAUCCAUAGUGUGGUGGGGUCUGCCCUGCCCCCAGGCUUCCUGUUCAAGGAACUCGGGAUGUGCAGGGCUAUAGGGAACUUGUAGUAUUGCUUCCUCUUUUUUUGCUGAGCUGAGGCAGAAAUCUGUUUAUCCUCUCAAAUCUUUCAGAAAUCUUCAGUGUCCUUUACCUGCAGGCCUGUUGAUUCCUAUGGUAAGGCAGCUGAUAAAGUGAUACAACUUGAAAUAACUUCAAAGGCCUGGAUUUCCCUUCCUGCUGCCCUCUGAUCUAUUAGGAUAACACCAGGAAUACAUGGUAACGCAACUUAAGGACAGCAGAAAGGCUUCUAUCUUGCACGGUGUAGCUGUUCAUGCUAGCAAGGUGUGAACAGCACUGUCUGGUAGCAUACUGGGGCUAGCUUUCUUCUGGUCCUGAAUCUGUUUUGGGUGUACAUAUGCCCAGUUAAGUGCCAGUCAGCAGGAAAGACCUCCAACUUCUGUCCUGCCUUUCUGCCCUUCAAAGCCUCUGAGGCCAUUGAGACAAAGUAGGGUCCAGAUCUUAGUGCUUUGUGUAUUCAAACAGGAGCACUUGUCAAAGGUAUAUGACUGAUAGACAUGUUCCAUACAGAAUAAGCCCAAAAGCUUGAGGGAAAGCAGAAGGACAAGUACACAUUUAUGGUAUAAAACUGAAAAGGCUAAAAACUAGCUACUCUUUGCAUCUAGUUGAAGCUGUUGCUGAGAUGCACUGUGAGCUUGCACAAGCUUUCUGCAGUGAAUUUGUUCUGGGUUAGCACAUGAGGAACUUGGUUCAGUCAGACUCGAA